AUGGCCACAACUUCUGACUUCGACACCACUCAGGCCAAGUCUUCUACCAGCCAUGUCGAGCAUAGCGAGAAGAUCCUUGGAGAUGACCAUACGAACGACCAUGGCCACGUUGAGGGCAAUGCGCUUAUCUUGGAUAGAGAAGGCGAAAUUCGACGCGUGCCUGUACCUUCGAACGACCCCAACGACCCGCUCAACUUUAGCGCAUGGGAGAGAUACUCUGUCAUCUUCUGCUGCUGCUGGUUCUCGCUCCUGGGCUUAUCGCUAGCACAAGGAUUAGCCCCCAUCCUCAACAUCAUGACGGAAAUGUAUAUGCCCCAAGGUUAUACAGUUGAUGAGAUCUUAUUCCUUAUUACGAUACUAACGCUGUGUAUCGGCCUUGGCAACUAUAUCAUCCUGCCGCUUGGCCUAGCCUUUGGUCGCCGACCCGUCUUUCUCGUUGCCACAAUCAUUUUGCUGGGUGCUACCAUCGGCUCCGCAGUACAGAACUCGUACAAUGCCCACCUGGGUACACGCAUUGUCCAGGGUUUGGCCACUGGCGCUGCCGAAUCGCUUCUCCCGCUUAUGUUGACCGAGAUCACGUUCUUGCACGAGCGUUCGCGUGUCUUCGGGUUGUACUGGAUGAUACAGAGCAUCCUCGGGUGCGUCAUCAACCUGUCCACGUCUUACCUCAACCACGCUCUAGGAUGGCGCUGGUUCUAUUGGCUCUUUGUCAUUACUAUCAGCACUGGUCUUGUUUUUGUCCUGCUCGGUGGCUUCGAAACACAGUUCUAUCGCUCCGCUGCCAGUGUUGACGGCCAGCUUGUUAUCACCGAUGAGUUUGGCGUUAUGCAUAUCAUACCCGAUUCAGAGGCCCAAGCACAUCUAGACCGCGUUCAACAGCGCGAGGUUCAGCAGAGCGAAGGUGAUGGCGUGGAUGUUCCGAGGAAGAAGACGUAUCUACAGCGCAUAAAGCCAUGGUCUACACCGCAGCCGCGGCCGUUUCACGUCAUAGUAACAAGCUGGCUACACAUGGCGCAGAGUUUGACGUCGCCUGGCAUCAUUUACGCUAUUUUGACGUCGUCAAUGGCGCUGGGUUGUCUUGUGGGCAUUUCCCUCACAUACAACGAGGUGCUGAUACAGGAAUACAACUGGUCGCCGGAGUCCGUCGGGCUCAUCAACGUCGGUGGCAUCAUUGGCUCUGUGUUCGGCAUGCUAUACUGCGCUCUACUCGCCGACCGAUUUGUGUUAUGGGCAGGGUCCCGCAACCGUGGUGUACAUAUGCCGGAGCACCAUCUCAUUACAAUGGGACCUCCCGCUAUAAUCGGCGUCGGCAUGUUGCUCCUAUACGGCUUCACCGCCCACGGUGGUAGCACCUGGUGGGGACCCUACAUGGGUUGGACCAUUUUCCAAUUCGCAUUUACCUCCAUCGUUAUCAUCUCCUCUACGUUCGCCUCUGAGGCCGCGCCUCAACAUCAAGUGACGCGCCCACAUUGCUAA